AGUCAACCCACUCGCAACUACGAACGCUGUGACCUCGGUACCCAGACGCCACCGCGGCAAUAUGUAAUCUCUGCGCGCAUAUAUCUUGCAACAGCCACACGGCCGAGCUGCACUUGACCCCAGACUACCACCAUCAUGGGCGACUGGGACUUUGUCUGUGCACUCUGUGCUGCUCCUUUCUCCGCAGCGUCCUUCGAAGACGAGCCUGAGGAGGACGAUGGCAUCGAUCGCUCUCUUCUCCCCAAGGCAGCCAUCCAAUGGCUCGAGCGCCUAUGCGUCGUCGCCGAAAACGAGGCGUCUCUCGGGGUUGGACGAUGUUAUAUAUCCGGUCCUGGCAGGGACGAGAUGUACGGCUCGGUCUGCGUGGAGCCUGGUGACCACACCAAUGCUCCAGAAGCGGCAAACGGCACCAUGAACAUCAGCGUCUACUACAACUACGCCGACGAGUCGACGGGCGCGAUCCCCGUGCACAUCAAGUGCCUCGAUAUCCUGAAGAAGGUUCUCAAGCAGGAUGGGUACGAUCUCAACGCUGAUACACUGUACGCGUCGUUUUUGGAAGCGCACGAGGAAGGUUUAUGCUACCUGAACUUCGAUUACUACGACUUCAACGGCCCGGACGAUCAGUACUUUUGCCUGGAGGCUGAGCAGGAGGCCUUCGUCUGCGACCCCACUGACAUACAUCAACUGCGCGACUACUUAAACAACCUUCCGACCGUCAAACCCUCUGAUUCUCCCUCUCCCUCCAAGAGCAACACUUCCGUCUCUCAGAGUCAAGAUCCCUUUUCCGCUCUCCCUGCCGAACUCAUCCUCAAAAUCAUGAUCUACGUCCCCCGUGAGGCCUUCAUCCCCUUCCUCCUCGCCUCCCCCACCGCCAGCCGCAUCGAGCUCACCAACUCCUUCUUCCUCGCCCGCAUCGCCGGUGACAUGCCCUGGGCCUGGGAGGUCCUUUCUCCUCCACUCUCCGAACGCACCGACAUCAACUGGCGCGCCGUCUACACCUACCUCUACACGGAGUCUAGCGCCUCACGCACUAAUGCGCUCCCUGGCCUCGCGAACCGCCGCCGCAUCUGGGAUGUGUGCAGUAAGCAGGCGGCGCCCAUAUACAAGCGCCGCGCGAAAGAGGAAAAGAAGGCGUCGGACCAGGGGAGCGUGCCGGAGGAGGUGAAGGCGAGGGCGAGGUGCGCGCAUAUGCCGCAUGUGCUGUCGACGGCACCGACGAAGGCGGCGGGGCUGACUGUAUGGCUGCCGGUGGUAACUGGUGCACCUGGGGCGUACAGGUUGGUGGAGGGGGAGAAGAAGAUCAAGCUGUACUGGACGGCGAGGGGCGUAUUCUCUGGUAUUGCGUUCGAAACUGGGAAGCAGACAGUGCUAUUUGGUCCCGAGCAGGGGCCUGGCGUGAAGGUCGAUGAGUGCAUGCUGGGGUUGGGCGACUGGAUCGACGGAUUCGAGUUCAGCAUCGGGAAACCUGAUGCGCAGGGUGACGAUGGAAAGGAGGAGUCUGUCACGAAGCCGAACCGCGCCAGCGCAAGCGACAAGCACGAGAACGGCCUGGCGAUCAAGGGCGUCAUUGUGCGCAGGCUUGUCUCAGAGCCCGUCGCGUUUGGUGACAUGAGCGGCCAUCGGCGGCUCACCGUCGUACAAGAGGGGCACACGCUCGUAGGGCUGCGGGGGGAGGCGUCCAGCGGGAUGAUCUCGCGUGUGGGCUUGCUCGAGCUGCCGGAGCUGGCGGGUCCGCAGAGAAGGCCAGCGCCUGAUGCGUCAGUGUGCAAGUUGAUGUGGGCGGAGCAGGUUCCUAGCACCUCGCUCUCCUGCCACCCCUCCGAGUUCGGGUACUGGAGCGUGCAAGAGACGCACGACCUGGUGCCCUUCUACCCGCUCUACUUUGGGCGCACGGAAGACGAGUUGGCCUCGCUAACGGGGAUCGUUGUGGGCAGCAACUUGCUCGGCAUCGCGGUGUAUCACGACGGGAAGGUAUCGGGGUCGGCAGGGAGAUUGGAGCAGGGCUUUUCGAAGUACUUUCCUAUUGACGGCAAGGGCGGGGAGCGUGUAAUUGGGUUUACGUUGACCAUGGGUGCGUUGGUGGAUGGGUUUAGGGUUAUAACAAACCACGGACGACAGGCGAUCUUCGGUCGGACAGGGAUGAUUGCAGACUCCGUUACGUCGACGGCGGCGGACCCUUGUGUGCUGGCAGGGUUGUAUUGCAGCUAUGGGUACAAGGCCAGGGAAUACACCUUGCUCUCGUCUGUAUCCGUCCUCAAAGGCCCGGGAUCCAGCGAGACGGCCGACUUCAACCACUUCGUGCGCGACCAGUGUAUCUGGGAGCCCACCCCACCGCCCCCUACAUGGCACCCCUCUACUCCAGCCUUCGGUCCGCCUCCGAACAAUGACCAGGCGACCUUCCUCGACUUUUCGAAGCCAGUGAAAGAGAUUCAGGGCUUGCUGGCUGCGCCGGAUUGGGUGGACGUCGUUGAGCUCGGCGGCUUCGUUAUUCGUUACGCGGACGAUAGCGAUGUUUACAUCGGCCUGCCGUCUACAAUCUGGGCGCAGCUUGACGGAAGAAGGCCCUUGAAGGAGCUGCCGCGCCAUCAGCAUAUGGCGACCUCGUUGGGCCCGAUGAAGCCGCCCGAGCUGCCUGCGCACGUGAAGGACGACGACGAGGUGCGGAAACAGAACGCGGGCGGUGCGGUGUGGCGCCUGGGCGGAGAGGGCGAGCGCAUUGCGAAGGUGGUGGUGUGGGAGACGGGCACAGGGAGGAUCGAUGGGAUGCAGUUCCACUCGGAGACCGGAAAGGCGAGUUUGAGGUGGGGGAAAUGUGGGGGCGAGUCGAAGGGGAAGAUUGCGGCGGAUGAUAGGGUGAAGGGUGUCUGCUUUGUGUUGGGAACGAGCAGGGGACCGUAUCAUACCCAUGACCCUGUUCCCUUGGGUGUGCGAGCUCUUGUAGAGGAGUCUUAGGUCUCAAUGUACACGAUAUCUUGUCAUUUGGUUGCUUAUGUACUAAUAACAAGCCCUCCUUCGUAGCGUCCGCGG